GGAUGUGUAUGCUAGUGCUAACAACCAGGUGCACACCCUGCGGAGGAUCGUGCGUGAGAAGGACCAGACCAUCCGCAGGCAAAGUCGACUGGAGCGCCAUGCUCAGGAGGGUGGAGGGGGCACCUUGGUGGUGCAGGGAGGGGGCACCUUACACCCCGCGAGGGGCGAGGGGGACGGAGGGGUGGGUGACUUGUCCUCCACCUCUCUGACCCUGGGCAUGACCCUCUCCCCCAGUCCGGAGACAGUGGGCUAUGGCUUGUCAGGGGCGGGACUAGGGAUGAUACCAGCCCCUCCCCCUCCCCCACCACCUCCACCAAUGCCAGGGAUGCCAGGGAACAUGUCAAACGGGCCCUACCCUGCUCCUACUCCUCCUCCUCCUCCCCCACCCUCCCCCUCCUCCCCCCUUAUGUUCCAUGGAGUCCUCCGGUCCUCUGCCUCCCCCUCCUCCCCCAUGCGCCCCUCCACUCCCCGGCUGUGGUGGAUCACCCACUGUCAUCUUUAACUCCGGCCUGGCAGAGGGGUCACUCAAGCUGUUCUCUGUGAAGAUUAAGAAGCCUAUCCAGACUAAGUUCCGUAUGCCAGUGUUUAACUGGGUGGCCCUAAAACCAAGUCAGAUCAACGGAACUGUCUUCAACGACAUAGACGAUGAAAGGAUCCUCCAGGAGCUGAAUGUGGAGGAGUUUGAGGAGAUGUUUAAGACCAAGGCCCAGGGGCCAGCGGUGGAUGUGACUCUGAGCAGGCAUAAGGCCCCUCAGAAGGGUCCCAACAGGGUGUCUCUGCUGGAGGCUAACAGAGCCAAGAACCUGGCCAUCACCCUCCGCAAGGCUGGCCAGGGGCCCGAACUCAUCUGUCGGGCCAUCCAGACGUUUGACAUGCGUACUGUGCGUGUGGACUUUGUGGAGUGUCUGAUGCGUUUCCUCCCCACUGAGGGCGAGGUGAAGAUGCUACGGCAGUACGAGAGGGACAGAAAGCCUGUGGACACACUGAGCGAUGAGGACCGCUUCAUGUUGCAGUUCAGCCGCAUAGAGAGACUGGCCCAACGCAUGUCCAUCAUCACCUUCAUGGGCAACUUCCAGGACAACAUACAGAUGCUCACACCGCAACUCCACGCAAUCAUCGCUGCUUCUGUGUCCAUCAAGUCCUCCCAGAAACUCAAGAAGAUUCUAGAGAUUAUCCUGGCUCUGGGGAACUAUAUGAACAGCAGUAAGAGAGGAGCGGUGUACGGAUUCAAGCUGCAGAGUUUAGACCUGCUGCUGGAGACUAAGACUACCGACAGAAAGCAGACCCUGCUGCAUUACAUAGCCAACGUGGUGAGAGAGAAAUACCCCGGAGUCGCUCUGUUCUACAAUGAGCUGCACUAUGUAGAGAAAGCUGCCGCAGUGUCCCUGGAGAACGUGGUGUGUGACGUGAAGGAGUGUCAGCGUGGUAUGGAUCUGUCGUGGAGGGAGUACAGCAUGCACGGCCACAACCCACUCCUCAAAGACUUCAUCAGCAAACACGAGACUCGCCUGCAGAAACUACAGGAGGACGCACACAUCGCACAGGAUGCAUUUGACGAUGCGGUGAAGCACUUUGGGGAGAGCUCUAAGACCAUGCCUCCCUCUGUCUUCUUCCCUGUGUUUGUACGAUUCAUCAAAGCCUACAGGCUGGCGGAGGAGGAGAAUGAGCAGAGGAGGAGGCAAGAGCAGGCGCUGAUGGAGAAGCUGGAGCAGGAGGAGCUGCAACAGGAGCAGGAGGCGCCUAAGUCCCCGUCCAACCGUCCAAAGCAGCGGCAGCAGGAGUCCCUGAUCACAGAGCUGAGGAGGCGACAGGGCGGUAAAGACAGCAGACAUGUCUACGAGGGCAAAGAUGGAGCUAUAGAGGACAUCAUUACAGUGCUGAAGACCGUCCCUUUCACUGCCAGGACGGCCAAACGCAGCUCUCGCUUCUUCUGUGAUCCCACCCACACUGAAUAACACUGCUAAACUCUCAGAGAGAGAUAGAGAGAUACUGUUGGAGAGAGAUAUACAGGGUAGAGGGGAGGGAGAGGGGUGAGGGAAAGCUAGGUGGGAGAGAUAAAGGGGAAUAACAAUGAGAAAGAGAGAGGAGAGAAGUGUGGGGAAAAAGAGAGGCAGUUAGAGAGAGAGAGGGGAGGGAGGGGGUGAGAGAGAGAGAGAUUGACCCGGUCUCAGAAGUAGUGACUCUACCAGAGAGAAGCUGAACUCUGAACUCUAUAGCAAGACAGACAUCAAGAUUACCUGUGACCUCACCUGUCUGGUCUGACAUCACUGCCCCCACCCCCUCUGUGUUACUUACACAUGUUAUGAAGCUUCUUUGCUGAUUAUUACUGUUUAUAACCCUCCCAUAACCCUGGACUGUAGCCCUGGAAUCAACCUGCAACCCACCAUGCACUUUGACUUUCUGCCCUCUAAACCCGAAGACUGUUGAAGGGGGUCGGGUAGAGGGAGGAACUUGAUACGCGAUGACAGUGACUGGACAUUUAGUAGCAACACAGUCUGGUCAUUUAAUAGCUACAUAGCAUUUCCAGUUUAUCAGUUAAUAGCAGACAUGACAAGCAAAACAGAACAGCAAAAAUAAACAGUUGUUUUUUGUCCAAUUAGUAUUAGUGAUGUACAGUAUGUGUCUCUAAAGCUGUGUGAUGAUGUCAGCAAAUGACAUGAUCGCUGUCAUAGGAUAUUGAGAAGGGAGGGGGAGAAGUUUGAAGAGUUUCUUCUUGUUGAACAUUCCAACCAAUUCUAAUUGAUAACGACAUCACAAAGGGUUCUUAACCCACUCCUAUCCAGCUGUAAGAUGCCAGAACUGAACACUGAGAAUAGUGUUCGAAAAGCUCACUCCUACAAGGUUCCCUCUUCUCCGUCUGCUGCUGUGUGACAGUGAAACGUGUACAGCGCUCGCUACGUUCACUACAUUGACUAUGUUUACUAUUUACUACCUUUAAUACCUUUAACCUCCAACAGGGGUUUUUCAAAGCUCAGGCCCUCCAGUUCCUCAGUCCUGCUGGUUUUCCUUUCUCCCUGGCACUUCAUUGAUCGUUUAAUGUUACUGAUAAUGAUUGGCUGCAGAGUGCACACACACCUGGUUUCCCAGGUAGAAAUCGGUCUCUGAUUAAAAGAGAAGUAUGAAAACCAGUAGACACUGUGGCCCUCGAGGACAGGAGUUGAUACCCCAUACUACCCUAAAAUAAAGGUCCCUGUCUUAUCCUUGCCUGACCAUCCAAAAGUCCCAGUCUGUUUCUGCUUUCUAGCCAACUGACUCCUUUGUUGUGAUCUUGUCAAGGUGAAGGUAAAGGAUGUAGUGUUCUUGAAUGCAGAAAGUCUGGCACCUAGGCUACUACACCACCCAUGAUCUUUCCUGGCUCAUGGGACCAACUUUUACGGAGACUGGAGAGGGAUCGCUCCAUUUCAUAAAAAAAUCAUAAAAAAUGUAACUGCAAAAAACAACAACAGCACAAUACUUUUCUACUGUGUAAAUAUAUUUUCUAGGGAAUCCCGCUUGUUGCUUUUAUCCCUCACUCCCAACCCUGCUGUUUGUCAAUGUUGAUGUUCAUUCUUAAUCUGCACUCGUUGUGUAAAUAAACUGUAUCCAGUCAGA